AUGAAACUUUUCACGGAGUUCUCUCUUUUGGCGCUGAGCGCCACCUCUACCCUUGCUUACACCAUCCCUGUUGACGCCGGAUCGAUUGUGCGUCGUGAUCGACAGCCUGAUUACCAAACCAUAGCAGCAUGGGAGACAACCGGAUCGUGCUUUUCGUACUUUGAGCUUCUCGACCCGGAAAGGAGCGCGCGACCUUGCAGAAAGGAGGACUUGGACCAAAGCAUUGACUGGCAAGACGACGACGGGAAUGAUUUUACACCGGGCGUAUGCAUCUGCGACGGCAUCGGGGAGGUGGCCGAGGUCAUUUCAGAUAUCGUCAUCGAAGCCCUCCAGCAGAUGGACGAGGUCUUUUGCGCCGUCUGCCUGUCAGCCUUUGAUACCAUCAUCCAGACGGGGAUCCUCGCGAUCCCCGGGGCCGCCAAGACCUUUCUUGAGAACGGCGGCGAGGCGGCCGACUUCUUUGGAGGCUGGGUGGGCAAGACGUGCAACCUGCCGGACUGGAAUUUUGACCUCCUAGGCAUGGUGUUUGGCGUUCUCAAGGACGCGCCGGACUCGACAGCUACCAGCGUCGGUACGGUCGACGCUCCCAGCCCCACGUCCAACCCUUCCGAGGCCGACAAGACGUCGGCCACCGGCGCCAGCACCAGCACUAGCGCGUCUUCCACCACAGAGGAUGCCUGCGCGGCGAGGAGCACCAACGGGGCGAAUAACCGCGGGAGCACUAGACGCGCCAUCGAUCUCGGCAUACUCGACCUCCUCCAGCCACCAUCUGGGCAGGCCGUCGAGCUGAUCGCCCAGUUCUGCAACUCGGCAUGGACCCGGCCUGGGCAGCCUGCCAAGAGGGGUGCCGGGAAUGGCGAGCUGGAGCCGCGCGUAAUCAUCCUAGCCCGCGACGGCGAGGUCGCCCCGAAGGGGAUGAAGUACACCCAGAUCGGCCAAGAGGCCGUAUGGUCGCAAAGCUUUGGCACGUGCCCGGGCGUUGUCCUCGUGGGAAAGCCCAGAAACUCCAACAAUUACAGAGGCUACUUGAUGCACAUGAGCCUAGGGGGCGAAGAAGAUGGUUUCUUAAAGGUCCGGAAGGCCUUCAACGGGUUGAUCAAUGCGGUUGAGGCCGACGGAAUGACGGAUUUACGCGGGUGGCUGUACACGGUGGACACCAGGCCCACGUCGCCUGAAGUUCUAGAGUAUCCCGAGCUCAUGAACUAUGUAGAGCCCCUGGAGGUAAUGUACGCGUCCAUUUGGGCUGCUUUGCAGCGGCUGGUGGGCUGCGGAGGCCACAUUCCCCGCUCCAAAGAUCCGACGCCGUGUUCGUCCCACCCCGCCACACGUGAAUAUUCCGAUCUUGCCUCGCCUUGCACCAGCAUGCCUCUAGCUCCUCCGCCGCAUCUCCGAAUCGUCAAUACGUCCUACUACUACGCAGAGGACGUCUCGUUCCCCAAAUUCCCCAAGCUCCCGCCGGACCUCCGCAUCGCCAUCUGGCAGGCGUACCUAAAAGAGCACCGUCUUCUCGAGGUGCAAGUCGACCCCUGGGCACCAGACAAUCAACCAACCGAACGGCGCAGACCCAGGCGUCUGUCGCAAGCCAAUCGGCACCGGCAAGGGCGUGGACCUCGGCAUUUGUCGCCGGACAAUCCACGUAGCCACUGGCGUCCGUCACGGGACGAUCAACCCGUGCAGCCGCCCGUAGUAACGCGUCCUUGGUCAACCACCAACCACCUCGGCAAGGUGGUGAGCGGUCAAGGGUACGAUGCCAUAGUCCUCGGCCUCCGAAUACAUAGCAAGCUCCUACGCGUGAGCCGGGAGUCGCGACGAGCAGCUCUCUCCUUCUACCGUGUCCAUUUGCCGUGUUCCUUCCAGAGGUAUGCGGACGAAUACCAGGAUAAAGUCAAGGGCAUGCUCUACUUCAAUCCCGACCACGACCUCCGCGCCCACGAUCCGCGGCAUGUCGGGCUCGUCAACGUCGGCCUCCGCUCCAGCAGGGUAGAGACCUUCAGCCGCCACGCGCGCGAUAUUACCGAUCCUCAUGUCAAGGCCGCCUUUGUGAGCUUUCUGUCGGGGAUCCGCGAAAUCAUCUGGGUCACCUACUCCAGCUUUGGCCGGACAAUGAUGCCGUACCAAGGAUUUGAUAAUGAAAAGAUUGGCCGGGAUCCGCGCCCCGUCGGUCCCGAGCUCCGGUACGUCCUUACGAGGGCUCCCGACCCGCGGUCCGGGCGGGUGGGGUGGUCGAUGCUGCUGGACAUGUGGCAGGCGCACCCGGCGCAACCAGCGAGGCAGCGCGCCCUCUACGCCUUCCGAGAAGCUGCUAGUCAUGAUCCUCCCAUCGAGGGGCCUGAAGAGCUUUCCAAGGCCGUGCGACCCGCGAUUGGGUUCUGGCUGUUUCCCGUGGAGGCCGCGGGCGACAUCAGGGGGUACCACAUGGGUACAAAGACGGAGUAUGAUCUCUCAGCGUACUGGCCGGAGCUAGCGUUGUCCUGCCUGACCUAA